AUGCAGAAGGGGAUGCGGCUGAACGACGGGCACGCCGUCUACCUGGGGCUGCUGGCCAAGAAGGACGGGGCCCGGCGGGGCUACCUGAGCAAGCGGAGUGCGGACAACGCCAAGUGGCACCCCAAGUGGUUCGCCCUCCUGCAGAACAUGCUCUUCUACUUCGAGAACGACUCCAGCUCCCGGCCCGCCGGCCUCUACCUGCUGGAGGGCUGCUUGUGCGACAGAGCCCCCUCGCCCAAGCCCAAGGACCCCCUGGAGAAGCAGCAUUACUUCACUGUUAACUUCAACCAUGAAAAUCAGAAAACUCUGGAGCUGAGGACAGAGGACGCAAAGGACUGUGAUGAAUGGGUGGCCGCCAUUAGCCACGCGAGCUACAGGACCCUGGCCACCGAGCAUGAAGCCCUGAUGCAGAAGUACCUCCACUUACUUCAGAUUGUGGAAACAGAGAAAACAGUUGCCAAGCAACUUCGGCAACAAAUUGAAGAUGGGGAAAUAGAGACAGAGCGCCUGAAGUCUGAGAUUGCCGCCUUACUUAAAGACAACGAACGCAUCCAGUCCAACCAGACCAGUGCCCCGAAUGAUGAUGACAGUGACAUCAAGAAGAUCAAGAAGGUCCAGAGCUUUCUGCGGGGCUGGCUGUGCAGGAGGAAGUGGAAGACCAUCAUCCAGGACUACAUCCGCUCCCCCCACGCCGACAGCAUGCGGAAGAGGAACCAGGUGGUCUUCAGCAUGCUGGAGGCCGAGGCCGAGUAUGUCCAGCAGCUGCACAUCCUGGUCAACAACUUCCUGCGCCCCCUGAGAAUGGCGGCCAGCUCCAAAAGGCCCCCCAUCACCCAUGACGACGUCAGCAGCAUCUUCCUGAACAGCGAAACAAUCAUGUUUUUGCACCAGAUCUUUUACCAGGGCCUCAAGGCACGCAUCUCCAGCUGGCCGACCUUGGUGCUGGCCGACCUGUUUGACAUCCUUUUGCCGAUGCUCAACAUCUACCAGGAAUUUGUCCGCAACCACCAGUACAGCCUGCAGAUCCUGGCCCACUGCAAGCAGAACCGGGACUUCGACAAGCUGCUGAAACACUACGAGGCAAAGCCCGACUGCGAGGAGCGGACGCUGGAGACUUUCCUGACCUACCCCAUGUUUCAGAUUCCCAGGUACAUCCUGACUCUGCAUGAACUGUUGGCCCACACGCCCCAUGAGCAUGUGGAAAGGAACAGCCUGGAUUAUGCCAAGUCCAAGCUGGAGGAGCUUUCCAGGAUCAUGCAUGACGAGGUGAGCGACACCGAGAACAUCCGCAAGAACCUGGCCAUCGAGAGGAUGAUCGCCGAAGGCUGCGAGAUCCUCCUGGACACCAGCCAGACCUUCGUGAGACAAGGCUCCCUCAUCCAGGUGCCGAUGUCCGAGAAGGGGAAGAUCACGCGAGGGCGGCUGGGCUCGCUCUCCCUGCGGAAGGAGGGCGAGAGGCAGUGCUUCCUCUUCUCCAAGCACCUCAUCAUCUGCACCAGGGGCUCCGGCGGGAAGCUGCACCUGACCAAGAACGGCAUUCUCUCCCUCAUAGACUGCACCCUGGUGGAGGAGACGGAGAACACCGACGAGGAACCAAAAGGAUCCGGGCAAGACAUUGAUCACCUUGACUUCAAGAUUGUGGUGGAACCUAAAGAUGGCCCAUCCUACACAGUCAUCCUUGUAGCAUCGUCCAGGCAAGAAAAGGCUGCGUGGACCAGUGACAUCAGCCAGUGUGUAGAUAACAUCCGGUGCAACGGCCUCAUGAUGAACGCCUUUGAGGAAAAUUCUAAAGUCACAGUUCCCCAGAUGAUCAAGUCUGACACCAGCUUGUACUGUGACGACACAGACAUCCGAUUCAGCAAAACGAUGAAUUCCUGCAAGGUCCUGCAGAUCCGCUAUGCAAGUGUGGAGCGGCUCUUGGAGAGACUGACUGACUUGCGGUUUCUCAGCAUAGACUUUCUCAACACCUUCCUGCACUCCUACCGCGUGUUCACCACGGCGAUGAUUGUCUUGGACAAACUGAUCACCAUCUACAAGAAGCCAAUAAGCGCGAUCCCCGCAAGGUCCCUGGAGCUCUUGUUCGCGAGCAGCCAGAACGCCAAGCUCCUCUAUGGAGAGCCUCCAAAAUCUCCACGUGCCAACCGGAAGUUUUCUUCUCCACCUCCCCUCUCCAUCACCAAGUCAUCAUCUCCGAGCCGGAGGAGGAAGCUGUCCUUGAACAUUCCCAUUAUCACAGGUGGAAAGGCCCUGGACCUAGCCGCCCUGAGCUGCUCCUCCAAUGGCUAUGCAAGCAUGCACUCCUCCAUGUCUCCCUUCAGCAAGGCCACUCUGGACAUCAGCAAGCUCUACGUGUCCAGCAACUACUCCAGCAAGAUCUCCGACGAGGGGGAGGGUGGCCCCGAGAAGCUGGACGAUGCGCUUCUGAGCAAGCCAAGUGCGGAGGGGCCUGUGAGGGAGGAGCCAGACGUCGACCCCAACCAGAGCGAUGAGGCAGAAGCAGAGGCUUCCCCCACCAAAUCCCCGACGACGCCUAAGCUGGCGAAAGGCAAGAACACUGCAGAAUUCCCCCUGUUCUCAUAUAACAAUGGCGUGGUCAUGACAUCUUGCCGGGAGCUGGACACCGGCCGCAGUGCUCUUUCCGCUGCCUCGGCAUUUGCUAUCGCCACGGCCGGAGCCAACGAAGGCACGCCGGCAAAAGAGAAGUACCGAAGGAUGUCGCUAGCAAGCGCAGGCUUCCCCGCUGACCAAAGGAAUGGUGACAAGGAGUUUGUGAUCCGGAGGGCCGCGACCAACAGGGUGCUCAACGUCCUGCGGCACUGGGUCUCCAAGCACUCCCAGGAUUUUGAAACCAACGAUGAACUGAAAUGCAAAGUGAUUGGCUUUCUGGAGGAAGUGAUCCACGACCCGGAGCUUCUGACUCAGGAGAGGAAAGCAGCGGCCAACAUCACAAGAACCUUGACGCAGGAGGACCCGGGAGACAAUCAGAUCACCCUGGAAGAGAUUGUGCAAAUGGCAGCAGGAACCAAGCCCGAAGCCUUCGAGAACCACUCUGCGCUGGAAAUUGCUGAGCAGCUCACCUUGCUGGAUCACCUGGUCUUCAAAAAGAUCCCUUAUGAAGAGUUUUUCGGGCAAGGAUGGAUGAAGCUGGAAAAGAAUGAGAGGACUCCCUACAUCAUGAAGAACACCAAGCACUUCAACGACAUCAGCAACCUGAUAGCCUCCGAAAUCCUCCGCAAUGAGGACAUCGCCGCACGGGCGAGCGCCAUCGAGAAGUGGGUGGCCGUGGCCGACAUAUGCCGGUGCCUGCACAACUACAACGCCGUGCUGGAGAUUUCCUCGGCCUUCAACCGCAGCGCCAUCUUCCGCCUGAAGAAAACCUGGAUGAAGGUGUCAAAGCAGACAAAAGCGCUCAUUGAGAAGCUGCAGCGGCUGGUGUCAUCAGAGGGCCGCUUUAAGAACCUGAGGGAAGCCCUGAAAAAUUGUGACCCACCCUGCGUCCCUUACCUCGGGAUGUAUCUCACAGACCUGGCUUUCAUCGAAGAGGGCACCCCCAACUACACGGAGGACGGCCUUGUGAAUUUCUCCAAAAUGAGGAUGAUUUCACACAUCAUCCGCGAGAUCCGGCAGUUCCAGCAGACAGCCUACAAAAUAGAGCACCAGGCAAAGGUCACCCAGUACCUCCUGGACCAGUCGUUCGUGAUGGACGAGGAGGGUCUGUAUGAGGCCUCCCUGCAGAUCGAGCCCAAGCUCCCCACCUGA